CUAUUUGGAAAAUCAAUAUUAUUUUACACAUCCCUAUCAAUGUGUCAAAUGGUUUGACACCCAUAACCAUAGCACUCGUGUUAUUAUUUACUGGGACUAUUUGAUAGUGAACUUAAUAAACUAUAACUUUACACAAAGAUAAUAUUAAUAAUCCAAAGUUUCUGUAGGUUAUAAAACACACUAAAUUCCACCAAGAUGAGUUUGCGACCAGAAGAUCACCGUAGAAAAUGGGACAAAGACGAAUUCGAGAGAAUCGCUGCAGAUCGUUUAAAAGCUGAAAUAGAGGAAGAGGAACGAGCUAAGAAAAAAGCUCCACCUGUGAAAAGAGAACUUCUCAAACAACGAGACUACAAGGUUGACUUAGAUUCAAAGCUUGGCAAAAGUGUUGUGAUCACAAAGAAUACACCUACCUCACAGUCUGGAGGUUACUACUGCAAUGUCUGUGAUUGUGUUGUCAAAGAUUCUAUUAACUUUCUGGACCAUAUCAAUGGAAAGAAACAUCAGAGGAAUCUUGGCAUGUCCAUGAAGAUUGAAAGGAGUUCCUUAGAUCAGGUCAAAGCCCGGUUUGCAAUGAACAAACGUAAAUUAGAAGAGAAGAAACGUGAAUAUGAGCUCGACACUAGGCUAAGGGAGGCUGCGGAGGAAGAAGCAAGAAUCAAAGAGCAACGUCGUGAGAGACGUCGUGACAAGAAACGCAAGCUCAUGGAGUCUGAGGAACCGGAAGACAGCCCAGCACAAUCGGAACUUGCUCAAAUAAUGGGAUUUUCCGGUUUUGGAGGGUCCAAAAAAUAGUACAUACAUAGUGAUUUAAGGGUAUAUUAUAAUA